GGAUUGCGCGUCGUCCAGUCCAGUGCCAGUCCGGAGGGAGGGGGGAAAGGGGGGCGGCGGCUGCAUCAUUGACCACCUCCAGUUGUGCUCGCUCGAUUUGGAAGCGUCGGGGUCGACGUAAGCGGUCAUGGUCCCUGUCGAUGCCACUACCUGCUGCUACAACUACUACGGUUUGCAAGUAUUAAAGGGCUUGGGUCACGCCCCCUGGCCGCCAGUUCAAGAGUGCUUGGAUCUGGGUUAUACGUCUGUAGAGACCCUCUCUCGGCCGAAACCCAUCUCAACACCUCCCGGAGCCGAACACACUCUCCCAGUCUCUCAACUCGACAUCCGCUGGACGAUACAUCACCGUGGCGACAUCAAACAGCCUUCCAACACGAAUACUACAGAGAGUCGGCCGCGACAAUGGUCGGCAGCUACGGGCCAGAUCCUGCCUUGUGCAAGCACUAUGCCGAGUUCGCCUCUCACAUGUCCAUGUGGCAGUUCCAGGUCAUCUACUGGGUUCUGUUUGUCGUCAACCUGGGCGUGCUGUUCUUCGCGGCAUGGAUAUACACCAAGGCCCAACAAACGCUGGAGAACCACGGCCCGCAGACGAGACAGCGAGCCAAGAGCAUACGGACGUACAUACUCAUCGCCCUCGGCUCCGUCGGCGUCUCGACCGUCCUCGUCGUCAUGGAGGCCUUUGCCCUCCUGGCGGUGCAGUUCUGCGACGGGGAGCCACUCAUGCCGCUCUUCUGGUCGACGUGGGCCAUGGUGCAGGUCGGCUCGCUGGUCGCCAUUGUCGGCACCAUCCUCGCCAUGCUGCAUUCCCUAAGGGACAGCAAGCACCCGCCGUGGGCUCUCGCGUUGGGGACGCCCGUGCUCGUCAUUGCCGGGUUCAUGCACCUCUUCCACGACUGCACCAAGAAGAGGAUAAAGAACGUGAAGCGCAGUCGGACAUUACCGAGCAUUGUCGGGACACCGACAGUGAGCCAAGCAAACACGAUACAUGCAUCGCCGAGCGAGGAGAGCAUCGGGGACGAGGAGGCGCAACACGAGGCCGAACUCAUCGGCUUCACGGUCGGGGGCGGGCCCAUUGUGAGGUUCGUCAGCCCGCUGCGCGGUACGGCGGCCGCAGCGGCGGGCGAAAAGGGCACCGUGCUCGGCCACGGGACGCGGAACCGACCCAUUGUCGUCUUUGAAAAGGGCAGCGUCGAGUUUGUGUCCUCCAAGGAGGUGAAAGAGUAGACCGCCAUCACCGCCCGAAGCGGAGGACCCAAUUCUCAGCCGAUUGAACCCAAAAUGAUGGGCGAUUUCGGCGGCUGAGAGUCGUCACGGCUACCAGCUCUUUUCUUUUUCUUCUUUUUGUUAUAUGCAUAGCAUGGAUGUGCUUAUGAUGCGUUGUGCGCAUGCGGCAGCGGAUACCCUCACUGGCAACGAAAAUAGCCCUUCACGUUCUGUUAUGAUGACGAGGCCCGCGGCACAUGGGGAGGCGGGGAGUUGUUGAUUUGUCGACCGAGCCGGCAGGACCGCUUGGUUAUACCCUGGGGCGUUUGGGGCAUGCAUGAUACAGGGCGGGCGAGACAUACAAAGAGUCACAAGACAGCAGGCAUGAAAGACAAGGACAAGGAUAUAGAGCGACACACGCGAAGGCGCUCUAGAGCAAUCGGGAGUCGUGGGCGCGAGAAUAAAAGCGACACAGGAUACGACUGAGAAAAUAAAACGCG